GGCAAAUACAGCUCCAACAAUCGGCAGGCAACCAGCACAUCUUUGCUCUAGCCGUCUCCAGGCCCCACACUCCAGAGACCUGGCUCUAGGUUCCAGGCUCCAGUCUCCUGACUCCAGACUCCGGGCUCCAGGCUCCAGUUCUUAGCACAGAGCUGAUCCUGUAACAGCGGUUUAUUAGUUUGUUUCCGUUGGCGACUCUUCCCCACCAUGUCGGCCGCCUCAUCUGUCCAGCUGUUUGUGCGAAUCACUCCGGCGUGUCGGAGAACCUCCUUGCCUCGGACUAGCACUUAUAAAGAACAACAGUCACCGUCGAGACUGGCGUCCGUAACCCGAACCAAGAUACCUCUCCGCUCCAGCCGAACCAACCCACGCCCCUCCACUUCUCGAAUGAGCUGCAUCAGCCAAGCGAGCCCUAGCCCCUCACCAUCCUCACCUUCUUCAGCAGAAUCCAUAGCGCGUAAGGGUCUGUUUUCGAAAUCUCCCAGUCGAGAUGGUGUACAAGCCGAAGCUUCCGCUUCCACCAUCGCCCCUCUUGAAACGCAAUCCCCCAUGAGCACAUCCUCGUUACCCACAGCGAUCGAGGAUUUCCCCUUGAGCCCGAAUCCUCUUCCUGACAGCCAGCCUGCUCGCGCUGUGGUAUCUCUAGAACGGGGAAUCAAUAAGCUGAUCACCGACGCCGCGUUUCACAUCUUAAACACCUUCUACGGGACCACCGAGCGCGCGUACGCUCGCUUCUACGUCCUCGAAACGAUCGCGCGCGUUCCGUACUUCUCGUACGUUUCGAUCCUCCAUCUGUACGAGAGCUUCGGCUGGUGGCGGCGGAUCGAGUUCCUUAAAGCCCACUUUGACGAGAGCGUGAACGAGACGCAUCAUCUGAUGAUCAUGGAGGCGCUUGGCGGCGAUCGCAGCUGGAUGGAUCGAUUCGUCGCACAGCACAUCGCCGUGGGUUACUACUUCUUCGCGAUUUUCUGCUACCUGAUCAGCCCUCGCAUGGCGUAUCAUCUGUCGGAGCUGGUAGAGGAGCAUGCGUAUGAAACGUAUGAUAAAUUCCUCAUGAGCCAGGGAGAGCUUCUCAAGACACAGCCGGCUCCGGAGGUGGCCGUCAGCUACUACAACGGGGGUAAUCUGUACCGAUUUGACGGAUUUCAGGUGCAGCCUGACACGUCACGGCCGUCUCCCCUCGUGGAGAGUCUGUACGACGUGUUUGUGAACAUUCGGGACGACGAGGCGGAGCACUGCAAGACCAUGCGCGCAUGCCAGGCAGUGCAGAGAGGGAAAGGGCUGCAUGACGUGGGGUGCUCAGGUGUGGUGGAAUGCGCAGUGACUUCGUCGUCUGCUGCUGACCGGAUGCCUGUGGACUGAGGGAAGUGUUCCCAAAACCUCGAGUUUCACAGUGUGGGAAGCUAGGUGUUGCAAAAUGUGUAGUGGUGUCCUCAUCUGCAGCAGACGGAUGCCCCUGGUUGAGAUUUAUAGAGAACAGGGAUGCCUGGGUCAAUUGGCUUUGGCACUAGUUUCUACAAUGUAAAAAUGUGGGAAUCUUGUGGAAUACCAUAUCACAUUUAAAAUA